GUGCUCGAGAUAAGUGCGACAUCAGCAUGGCGGGCUGGCGAUGACAGGGAUAUCUCGUCCUCGACAGCAACGGACACACAUCUUGCGGUUGAAGAGGGAGUAGAGGGAGACAGGUUCUUCAUAGGAACGCCUCACGACGGCCCCAGCGACAUCUCAUGGGUGGAGACCUCAAGCGAAUCGUCAGUAUCUCCGACACGUGCGAACCACUCAAGGCUGGUACCGAAUGGUCGGCCUGAGACACAGUCGCCAGAUAACAAAGCGGGGUGGCUGUCAUCGUGGCUUGGACGUAGUAGAGCUGCCGAAGAACCGAUGAACAGCGCAGGGAGUGACAGAUGGGAGGUCAGCAGUGGAACGAGCAUCACUAGUGGCGCCUCUGGGAGGGGAAGGAGUUUGUCAAGGAGUCGGAAGCCUCAUCCUUCCGGCUCAUCGGCCUCGAUCCGGUCGUCAUCUCUGUCAUCAGUGUCUAGUAUCGGUAGCUCGAUUUCCAGUGUGAACAACAAAGCAGUCCGACGAGGUGAUGCACGACAGUCCAGAUCAAGCUUCCGACGGGAGAAUCGGAAUCUUCUGAUUGCACAAGCGACGGGUCAGGGAGCUGAACGUCAUAAGUUUUUGGCAUCUCUUCGGGAAGAAGGACGCCUCGCUGCGAGGAAUCAAGAGGAGUACAAGUCCGAUGAGUUAUUUGUCAGCCAAAGUGGUCCCGCUUGGGCGUGGUAGCGUUACGCUACUAGCGUAUGAAAUUCAUCAGCAUCUUGGUCUUGUAUUUUCAUUUCAUCUGUUAAUGCAGAAUUUGUU